AUGACUUUAAAUACACUUUCAGAAAUGUUUAUUAACUUCAGAAAUUCAACAAUCACACGCCUUUCACACCUUCCGCACCUUUCACAUCUUUUUCACCUUCCUCACCUUCCCGAACUUCCCCACUUUUCUAUCACCAAAGAAACGCAGUCACUAAUAGCAUUUGUAUUAUUGUGUGCAAUGAUUGCAUUCAUAGUUGCAUUUACGCUUGACUUAAUUCUUUCAAGUUUAAUUAAUAUUAGUUGUAGGAAAAAUAAAUAUGUCCUUCUUCCUGCAAAAAUAUCGGCUUCUAUUUCUACAAAAAAAUUGUCUAGUUGUCAGGGUCCUAAACCUUCGCAAAAGCCUGAAAAUUUAGAGUCAUGGUUUUUGAAAUUAGAAUGUUUACAAUGUCGUGAAAGAUUUGAAAGGUGGAAUAGAAAAUUCGUCGAAAAUAAUUACAGUGUGGUGGAUGUCAUAAUUAAAGGAAAGGAGGGAGAAAAGAAGGAAGGGAAUGAGGUAGAAAAAAAAACCGGUAAAGAUUUUAAUCUUUUAUGGGUGAAGAAAGUUGACGUAGACAUUUUGGAGAUAAAGGAGGCGGAAAAUCAAUAUUGUGAAAGAGAGAAGAUGAAAGAAUGGAUGAGAGAUAGAAUGGAAGAUAAUGAAUGGUUGAGAAAAUGGAUGGAUGAUGUAGUUGUUUAG